AUGGUGUUGGUAGCGAAUAUGAGUCUGAAAAUGGGAACUGGAAAACUAGCUGCUCAAGUAGGUCACGCUACUCUCGGAGUAUAUCGGCAGGCGAUGAACUCUGAGGCGGGGCGUGAAGCAAUAGAGGCAUGGACUCGUCAUGGUCAGGUAAAAAUCGUUGUUCGCGGCAAUAGCACUGAGGAAUUAAUGGAUAUGUGCAAGAGUGCGAAAGAUGGGGGUUGUUUCUGCUAUUUGGUACAAGACGCCGGUUACACGCAAAUACCACCUGGUUCACGAACAGUUUUGGGGAUCUUCGGCACAGUAGAGCAAGUGGACGCAGUCACUGGUGGUCUGAAACUUCUGUAG